UACAACUCCAUUCGUGAUGGCUCAUUCGCGGAUGCAAAAUUCUGCGGUGCACAAUUCGCAGAAAGCCUUCCGACAACAUCGAUAAGAAGCCAUGCUGCACAGUGUAGUGGGAACCUGCCUUUCUACCCUUUGGGAACCUUGAAUCGGACCUCUACAAUAACAAUCACCAGCACCUAGCUGUUUCUAUUCUGGCACCAAGUCAAUCCGAAGCAGCUUGGAUACUCUGACCAAAAGUCCCUCACAAAAGAUAUCGAAAUCCGAAUUGCAUUUGCAAAGCUUUCGACAUCCCAAACUUCUGCUGUAAAAGCGGAGAACCCUUGGUUAGCUAGCUGUUGUUGCAGUUGCUCGCUGAUCGUUGAUGAGCCUCCGCAUUGCCUUGGUCAACGCUCAUAAUAAUCUGGCAGCAAAAGAAGCAAGCAAUUUGACCUGAAUCGAAGCACAUACGGUACCGCCAUGGCCACCACCCAAAUCAACGGCCCAACCGACGGCUCCAAAGCCAUCAAUGGAAAGGACAAUCUCAGAGGUGGCAGCAAGCACGGCUAUGAAGAUCGACGACCAAGCUUUCUUCGCGUGCCCAGCGAUACCUAUGGUGCCCAAAGUACCCUCCCUCGUCUACCCAUUCCCACGCUAGACGAAACAUUGGAUAAAUUCCCCAAAAUGAUCCAAGCCGUACAGACCAAAGAGGAACACGCAGAAACCCUCAAAAUGGUGGAAGAUUUUCGCAAGACAGAUGGUCCCAAACUCCAGCAAAUGCUCAUUGACUAUGAUCAAGAAGGAGCAAGGACCGGCGCCUUUGGUUCUUACGUGGAAGAGUUUUGGAAUGAUUCGUACUUGGCUCCCGACUCUUCCGUGGUCCUCAACUUGAAUCCCUUCUUCAUCCUUGAGAAGGGACCCGAUCGAAAGAUUGCCAAUAAUCAACUUCAACGAGCGGCCAGUCUCUGCUUUGCCUCGCUCAAAAUGGCGUCCAUGCUCAAGCGAGAAACCCUACCACCAGAUACCUUCAAGGGACGGCCCUUGUGCAUGGAUCAGUUCAAGGUAUUGUUUGGAACAACUCGUAUACCCGGCGGCCCAGGAGUCAAGGACUACGUUGAUCACUAUCCAGACUCGACCCAUGUGGUAGUGUUGAUCCGAAACCACAUUUACUACUUUCAGGCACUCUGGCCUUCUGAUUUCAGUGUCGCCGUGGACCAGCAUGAUAUCAAGGAUAUCUUGGAAGCCAUUCAAAAGCACGCAGACCUGGUAAGGGCAAGUGAAAACGAGGCCGAUGGCGCUGGCAGUACUGGUAACUUUGUCGUGGACGGAAAGGAUGGCACUAAGAUUCCCAUCAACUCGUGUGACGAAGCUCUGGGAGUCCUGACCAGUCUACCACGGAAUGAAUGGGCCGCCGCUCGCAAGAUGAUCCUGGACGGUGACAAUAAGCAAAAUGCACAGGCUCUUCGCGUCAUUGAUAGUGCUCUCUUUGUAUUGGUGUUGGACGAUCGUGCGCCCCAGGACAUUAACGAUGCCGCAUCGAACAUGCUGCAUGGGAGUCACAAACUGGUAAUGGACCGCGCCACCAACAAGUUCGUUCAGGUUGGUACAUGUUGCAAUCGAUGGUAUGACAAGCUCCAGCUCAUCGUGAUGGCCAACGGAAAAGCAGGCGUCAACUUUGAACACUCCGCGAUUGAUGGACACACGGCCUUGCGUUAUGUCAGUGAUAUCUUUGCGGAAAACGUGGUCCAGUUUGCCCAAAGCAUCACGGCACUGAUCUAUGGAAAGGGAUGGAUCCCAGACAACAUGAAUGCCCCCAUCAACCGAGCGUCCACCUCCAUGACGGAAGCGAGCAAACACGCUCCGCCCGGAGAAGCAGACGAGAAGGAAAAGACUCUAGAUGUCUUCCCAAAGAAGCUAGAGUUUCACUUGCCACCCAAGGUUAAGGAGCUCAUUCGCCACGCCGAGACCAACCUGGGUGAUCAGAUUAUUGCUUCUGACAUGGAAAUUCUAGAGUUUCAGGGAUAUGGCAAGUCUCUGAUCGUCAAGAACAGCCUCAGUCCGGACUCCUUUGUACAGAUGAGCAUGAUGAUGGCCUACUACAGCCUCUACGGAAAGUUUGUUUGUUCCUAUGAGCCAGUCUUGACCAAAGCAUUCUAUCAUGGGCGAACUGAGGCUAUGAGAGGGGCCACUCCGCAAGCCAAGAAGCUUUGCGAAGUUUGGUGCAACCCCAAGUCAACCAAGGUUGAGAAACUGGAAGCCCUUCGCGUGGCUACCAAGGAACACUCUCGCUUGGUCCGCGAAUGUGCCAAUGGCAAGGGCGUGGACCGUCAUUUGUUUGCUUUGAAGUGCAUCGCGGAGCGCAACAGCGUGCCAUUGCCGGCCCUCUUCAAGUCGGGCGCUUGGAAGACAUUGAAUCAUACUGUGCUCUCUACGUCCAAUUGUGGCAAUCCAUCGUUGCGCUUGUUUGGCUUUGGUCCUGUUGUGCAAGAUGGAUUUGGUAUUGGAUACAUCAUCAAGGACCACGGAGUGCAAUUUGCCAUCUCCAGCAAGCACCGCCAGACCAAACGUUUCGUCAAUGAGCUGGAGAAUACCUUGAUCGCUCUCAAGCGCCUUUUAAAUGCUAUCUCGUCUGUGGUGUGCGGUGGCCAUCACAAUCACGUGAUUCAUCAGGCGCAUGUCGAAAUCAAGGCGGAGCAAGAGAGUGAUGACAUGUACGGUGAUUUCUGGGGUGAGAGUGUUCUUGACUCAACAAAGGCGUCAGCGGAAGGAAGCCGCAAGAAUGACACCAAGGCAAACUCACCCAAGAAGAACGAGGACGAGCCAGAUAGCAAGUUGUUUUCGAUGGUGGUUCGAAAGGACAGCUUGUGUCUUACGGACAUCAAACAGAUUGGUCUUCACCUGAGCUUUGACGAGAGUGUAGAAAGUGGCUCUUCUGGGGCCUCUGACGAGAGGAACAACAUGCGUCGCGACAGCUCGCACAGCGAUUCGGACAGUACUUGAGAUGUGCAUUGACCGAACAAGUGGCUUUUUCAUUUCCUAUCUUUCCACCCAGCUCUUGCACGUUCGAUGAUAUUCACGGCUAGUAGAGGUAGCUGUGGUAAGCAAGCAUAUCAGGAUAUUUCAUACUAUAGCUAAAGCAUAAUCUUUAUAAAGCACCAUGCGUUUCUCCCUGC